GGCUGAGGUGGAGAGAGAGAAAACAGUCUGAGGAGGAAGUCACUGCUCCCAGCUGCAGAGGAUGCCACAGCCAUGGCAGGCGCCACGAGAACGCGCACCUACACCGCGGCCCUCCUCUACGCGCUCGCGUUACAGUUACUGGCGUGCGCGUCAUCCACCGCCGCCUCCGCCUCUCCAACGGCAGCCGAAGCCCGUGCGCUGCUGCGGUGGAAGUCCACUCUGCCGCCGCCCAAGCCCGACUCCACCGGCGCCGGGCCGCUCUCCUCAUGGUCGCCCACGACCGCCGCGUGCAGCUCGUGGGCCGGCGUCACAUGCGGCGCCGACGGUCGCGUCGCCGGGAUCGCGCUCCCCGGCGCGGGCCUCGCCGGCACGCUCGCGGCCCUCGACCUCGCGGCGUUCCCGGCGCUCACGGGCCUCAACCUCAGCGGCAACCGCCUCGAGGGCGCCAUCCCGGCCGGCAUCUCCCGGCUAACGUCGCUCGUCUCGCUCGACCUGUCCGACAACGCCCUCACCGGCGGCAUCCCACCGGCGCUGGCGACGCUGCCGGCGUUGCGGGUCCUCGUGCUGCGCAACAACUCGCUCGGCAGCGCCAUCCCGGCGUCUCUCGGCAGGCUGCGCACGCUGGAGCGGCUGGACCUGCAGGCCGCGCGGCUCGUCUCCACGCUGCCGCCGGAGAUGGGAGGCAUGGCGGGCCUCAAGUUCCUGGACCUAUCCGCGAACAACCUCUCCGGCGGGCUGCCGCCGUCCUUCGCCGGGAUGAGCAAGAUGAAGGAGUUAUACUUGUCGAGAAAUAAGCUGUCUGGUACGAUUCCACCUGAGAUUUUUAAGAACUGGCCGGAGCUCACCCUGCUCUACCUGCACUACAACUCCUUGGCCGGAACCAUCCCACCGGAGAUUGGAGAGGCGAAGAAGCUGCGGCGGCUAUCACUUUUGAGCAACAACCUCACCGGCGUGAUCCCGGCGGACAUCAGCGGCUUGGUGAGCCUGCAGAUGCUGCACCUGGGACAAAAUUGCCUCACCGGGCCGAUCCCCACUUCUUUGGGGAACCUGACUCAGCUUGUGAUCCUGGUUUUGUCCUUCAACAACCUCACAGGCACGGUCCCUGCUGAGAUCGGCAGUCUGACAGCACUGCAAGACCUUGACCUCAACAACAACCAGUUGGGAGGUGAGUUGCCUGCAACCCUGUCAAUGCUCAAAGAUCUUUCCGGUCUUUCCUUGGCGAGUAACAACUUCGUCGGCACUGUCCCGAAUUUCUGUAGUCAGAAAUUGGUCUCCAUUGAAUUGUACGGUAACAAUUUCUCCGGAGGCUUCCCUCUGACAUUCUGCCAGAUGACUUCAUUGGAAAUGUUGGACCUACAUAGCAACCAACUUUCCGGCCAGCUCCCUAGCUGCAUAUGGGACUUGCAGGAUCUUAUGUUCAUGGAUUUGUCCAGCAAUGCUCUUUCAGGGGAUAUACAUGUACUGGCUUCCGCAAACUCUACUUUAUCAUUGGAGUCAUUGCAUUUGGCAAAUAACAGAUUCACAGGAGGCUUCCCAUCGAUAAUUCAGUACUUGAAGAUGCUAUCUGUCCUAGACCUUGGUGGUAACAAUUUUUCCGGCGCAAUUCCAUCAUGGAUAAGUUCAAGGUUACCUUUGAUAAGAUUUCUUCGACUGCGGUCGAACAUGUUCAAUGGCAGUAUUCCCUUGCAGCUGCUACAGCUCUCUCAUCUCCAGCUGCUGGACCUGGCUAACAACAAUUUUGACGGUAACAUACCGUGUGGUCUCACCAACUUAACAGCCAUGAUCCGACCACAGACCGAGUUCAACAUGAGGUCGACGGUGCACCAUCAAAUUUUUCAUCUAGAAGCUGCUUUUUAUUAUGCUAAUCGAGUUGACGUGAACUGGAAGAUGAAGACUUAUGAAUUUCAAGGGGCAAUUGCGCUGAUGACCGGUAUUGAUUUGUCAGGUAAUUCUAUUGAUGGUGAAAUUCCAACUGAGCUAACAAAUCUUCAAGGCCUUCGGUUUCUGAACCUGUCAAGAAAUCAUCUAUCUGGUACUAUUCCAGAGAAUAUUGGCGAUUUAAAACUCUUGGAGUCCCUUGACCUCUCAUGGAAUGAACUAUCUGGUCAUAUUCCUUCAAGCAUAUCGGAACUGAUCUCUCUUAGUUCGCUAAAUCUCUCUAACAAUAUGCUCUCAGGUGAGAUACCAACUGGUAAUCAACUCCAGACACUAGCCGACCCUUCCAUUUACAGCAACAACUUUGGGCUCCGUGGCUUUCCAUUGAGCAAAUCAUGCACCAGGGAUUCAAGUAUACAAAUGGACCAGAGUAAAGAAUCUGAAGGUGUCUAUGUCUACUACUCGAUAAUUGCCGGAGUUGUAUUUGGACUGUGGCUGUGGUUCGGAUCAUUAAUUUUCUCUGCUCCAUGGAGACUCUCAUUUUUCUACUAUGUAGAUUUCAUUCAUAGAAAGCUUGUGAGAUGAAUAUUUAAAAUCCGCAUGUAUUGUAGUAAAAUUAAGUAAGGAUGUGUGUAACACAAUUUCUUGGCAUCUACCUUUCUCUUUUCAAUUUAGCUUUACUUUCACUUUGAUA